AUGUCUUGGAUAGAACAGGUACGUUACCAUGUGGUCUAUACUAGCAUGUCUUGGAUAGAGCAGACAGAACAAGAACACUGCUGUGCUUGUGACCAGCUUAUUACGGACCGUUUUCUGCUCAAAGUUAAUGGUCAGUCCUGGCAUGCCCGGUGCCUCAGGUGUUCUGUUUGUCAAGCCAUGCUGGACCGUCAACCCUCUUGUUUUAUCAGAGAAGACAGUGUCUACUGUAGAACGGAUUACACCAGGGAAUUUGGAGCGAAAUGUUCCAAGUGUAGCAGAACAAUACAGCCUACAGACUGGGUGAGGCGGGCCCGUGACAAAGUGUAUCACCUGGCUUGUUUCGCCUGCGACUCUUGUAAAAGACAGCUAUCCACGGGAGAAGAGUUUGCUCUGUACGAAAAUAGGGUUUUGUGCAAAACGCACUAUUUUGAAACUCUUGACGACAACAACGGCUCAAACGACGAAAGCGGCUACCAGGAGUAUCAUCAAAAAUCGAAGACAAAAAGGGUUAGGACAACUUUUACUGAAGAGCAACUCCAAGUUUUACAAGCCAAUUUCAACCUAGAUUCUAACCCUGAUGGACAAGACCUUGAACGGAUCGCUCAAAUUACAGGACUCAGUAAAAGAGUUACCCAAGUGUGGUUUCAAAACUCAAGAGCUAGACAGAAAAAGUACCUCACAAAUCAGGCUAAAAAAAAUGGUUCAACUUUCAUAACUCCUGUAUCGUCGGCCGCUGUGUGUCCCGGAUGUGGGAUGAUGUACUGUUUGUGUUCUAAGCCCUCUCUGCAUAUGAACAUGGUGCAGGUUGCAUGA